CACUCGAAGAAGAAGGAGAUUCAAAAGACAGCUGCUGUGACAGCGAUAAAGUUUUCAGCAUGUGCGAUGGCGACAUCAGCUGCGCAGUCGUUCGAAUCGAACCUCUUCACAAGCGCUGGGACCUCGUGGAGGUGUGUGCGGAAUUACUCAAUGCCCAAUGGCAGCGCAGCAUGGGGGCGCGAAUCCACUCGCUCCGUCAGUCGAGCCACAGCUAUCCGGUGUGUAUCUUGCUGCUCAGUGGAGAGAGGCGGAGUCAGGACGAGAAGCUAAUAGGCCACGCCCGCUUGUCCCAUGUUCUGGGGAGUCAUAGUCUGUUUGUGGAAUCGGUUGUGGUGUGCAGCACAUUACGAGGGAAGGGUUACGGCCGUAUCCUAAUGGAGGGGGUUGAAUGGUAUGCCAAAGAACGGGGCUGCACCCGAUUGUGCCUUACCACCCAUGAUAAACAACACUUCUACGCCCAUCUGGGGUUUGUGCUGUCCAAACCUGUCCAAAGUGUCGGGACUCUGGCCUCCUUCAUGCCCAUGGAGUUGCUGCACAAGUUCUGUAGAAGCGCAGAGAACGAGGAGGAAGGGAGGAAGAGUGAUUCUAAGUUUAACAAUCCUGCACCAUCUACACCUUCCAUUUUACCUCCACCUCCUCCUCCCCCUAUUUCUGCUCCUCCACCUCCUCCUUGUCCUCCGUCAUCCUUGGCUCCAGUUAAUCAGACUCUGGAGCAAACGCCGUACACCGACAACAGAGGGCUGCCCAUCUUCUGGAUGCACAAGGACAUCUGAGACUCAUGCUACACUCCUUCUGUCUGUAAUUAUUCAGGGAUACACAAACACGGUGUUUACGGGACAAGAAGGAUCUUGUAAACCUGAACUGUAUUAACUCAAAUACUGUGACAAUCUGAAUGUGCCUCAAUACCAAAGUUUACUUUGUGUUUUAGCUACUAUUUAUUGAUUAUUUUUUUUUAAUCAUUGAAAGGUAAAUCUUUGUAA